AUACAACCAUGCCGCCAGCUUCUAGAGGAUGGAUGUGGAGACUCCAGAAAUGGAGGAGAUGUUCGAAUUCUUUUGUUCUUCGUCGAAAUGUGACGACUUCUACCUUUGGGAGUCCUCUCGCGCCUCCCAUAAAGAUCAAGCUUCGAGAAUAUCAGGAGGAAUGUAUCCAAGCUGUUCUGGCACAUUUGGAGCAAGGCCACAAGCGGCUUGGGGUGUCCUUGGCUACAGGUGCUGGUAAGACGGUCAUUUUCACCCAACUAAUCGACCGUGUUCAACCUCGUCCUGGCAAUGCCGACCAGACUCUGAUUCUGGCGCAUCGACAGGAGCUGGUCGAGCAAGCUGCCCGACACUGCACAGAUGCCUACCCUGCGAAACGUGUCGAGAUCGAGAUGGGAUCUAUGCAUGCCAGUGGAGCUGCAGAUAUAACUGUGGCCAGCAUCCAGAGUAUUAUAUCCGGAGACCGCAUCUCGAAGUUUGAUCCAAGCAGAUUCAAGCUUGUUUUGGUCGACGAGGCCCAUCAUAUCGUUGCACCGGGGUACAUGAAGACACUGGGGCAUUUUGGGUUAGAAGCAACUCGAUCAACCUCUCCUGCACUCGUUGGAGUAUCUGCAACUUUAUCUCGAUUCGAUGGUCUUAGAUUGGGCGCUGCAAUAGACCAGAUUGUUUACCACAAGGACUACAUCGAUAUGAUCGGAGAGAAGUGGCUUUCAGAAGUCAUCUUCACCACAGUCCAGACAAAAGUAGACAUAUCAGGGGUCAAGAAAGGGCCAAGUGGUGAUUUCCAGCCUGGCGAACUAUCUCGGGUAGUCAAUACUGACUCAGUCAAUGACCUCACCGUUCGAAGUUGGUUCGAGAAAGCCGGGGAAAGAAAGUCUACACUGGCCUUUUGCGUUGACCUCGAACAUGUCGCUGGAUUAACGAACACGUUCCGGAAAUAUGGCGUCGAUGCUCGAUUUGUUACCGGAGACACACCGAAGAUUGAGCGGAGUCAGCGCCUUGAUGAGUUCAGACGUGGUGAUUUUCGAGUCCUCGUGAACUGUGGUGUCUUCACCGAAGGAACGGAUAUCCCAAACAUCGACUGUGUGUUGCUAGCACGGCCGACAAAGUCUAGGAACCUCUUGGUUCAGAUGAUUGGUCGUGGGAUGAGAUUACAUCCCGACAAGAAGGACUGUCAUGUUAUUGACAUGGUUGCCAGCCUUGAGACUGGCAUUGUCACUACUCCAACCCUCUUUGGCCUUGACCCUGAAGUAUUAGUCCAAGAGGCAAGCGUUAACGAUAUGAAAACUAUCCAAGAACGCAAGGAAGCUGAAAACGAAAGAAACGUACAGGCUAACAAGAUUACAAAAUCUACCACAGCUUCGGAACCAGUCAUUAAGAAGGUGACCUUCACAGAUUAUGAUUCGGUCUUCGAUUUAAUCAACGAUACCUCUACUGAACAGCACAUUCGACAGCUGUCUCCACACUCCUGGGUAUGCGUUUCCGAGAACAAAUAUGUCCUGUCAAACUCGAAUGGAUCUUUCUUGAAAAUUGAGCACGACUCCGAUCGAGGGUAUUUUGUUGUAACAGAAACAGCGGUCUUGAAUAAGAUAACUUCGAGCUCGCUGUCAAAAUCGCCUUUCAUGAGGCCACGUCAGAUUGCGAAAGCCAACACAAUCUCUGACUCAGUCCAUGCUGCUGAUACGUUCGCGUCCAAGAAGUACCCUGUCCAAUUCAUCUCCAGAAAUCAGUCGUGGAGGAACAAGCCUGCAACUGAAGGACAAAUUAUCUUCUUGAACAGACUCAGACCCAAGAGCGAUCCUCUUACCGGCUCGAGUUUGACCAAAGGCCGAGCUAUUGACAUGAUUACGAAGAUCAAGCAUGGCGCUCGAGGCAGAUUUGCUAGCAUCGAGGCUGAUAGGAGGAGAGAAGGUAAGGCCCAACUCAAGAUGGAACAGGAACAGGCAUUGAAGGAAAGAGAGAAAGUUAGUGUGGGCCCUCUAUUAGGGUGAUGAAACAUAUCUGUUUGCAGUAGAUUCCCAGCUCGUACGUUACUUUACAAAUUUGUUGCACUGCCCUGAGUCAGAUCCUAAUCUUGUGAUCAUACAUGUCGUAAGAUUAUUGGCCCUCAGAUGCUGGGACAUUCAAACUUAGCCGUUGUCCAGAGCGGGCUGGGACAUUCUUAGAAUUUUGAGAAACAGCAAAUCUCGAAAUGUUAAUUCUGGGUCCGUGCAAGUCAUUUAUUUGUGUCCUCGGCAUCUCAGAACGUUGGUCAGAGUAGAUCUGCUGUCUACCUAGGUAUUCAAUUCACUUAGUUCACGUGACCCAGGGGCUCGAAGCGAGACUCCCCCCUUUCGAGCUCGCUAACGUGUUAUACUUGCGUAUAUCACAUCCUAACGCACCAUUGGGGAGGAG